AUGCCUGCCCCUCCCAAAGCUGCACCCAAGGCCGCCCCCGUCUGGAACGGUGCGCUCAAGGACACUCAGGGAGGCACACCUGACAGCCUCGACCUCGUGCCAAAGACAGCAGCGACAUAUGGGGUGUCGCUGACCAACCCCCAAGACCUCAAACAGAACUGCGUCUCGUGCUGCUUGACGCGCAUGGAGAACUACCGCAACGUCAACGACUUCUGGAAGGCCACCGUCCGGGACCCGCCGCCGAACCGGCCCCUGACGUUGGAGGAGACGAUCAAGCUAACGCGGCGGACGGGCUGGGAGUACAACAGCAAGAAGUUCAAGUCGACGCCCGCUGCGGGAUCCACCAAGGCGUAUACGGCGUGGCAGUACCUGGAUAAGUUCUACCUGCACAAACUUCCGCCUUACGACGACACGUAUAUGCUGCUGUUCCGGCUCCCCAACGGCAGGGGCCACGCCAUCAACCUGCACUACACCGCGUGCCCGCCUACUGGGAACAAGGUUCCCGGGAUCGAUAAGAUGGAUUACAUGGCGCACUGGAAAUUUAGGGACUACCAGCACAGCGACAACGGGGAGGCGUUUAACGUAAAGGUGCUACAGUCGGCGACGGAGAUUAUCGUCAUGGGCCGGUAUACUGUUGUUGGUGGCGACUCGGCCAAGGCUCAACAGCUCUACAACGCGUGGAAGGCACGAGGAAAGGCUUUGCCUCCAAUCUAA